AUGUCAUCCAGCGCCACCUCUCUCCAGCCCGCGAGCAAACUUCCUCCGGCCUCGUCAGCGUCGAAUUACUCUCAAGCUGCCCCCGAUAACUCCUUUUCUAAACGAACCCUCGGCUCAGGAAGUGCUGGGCCGUCUGCUCUGACGCGUCAGACUUCGCAGGCGCGCGGGAACCAGCCCCUCCGGAAACAGCACAAGCAACAAAAGAAGCCACGGCUCAUUGAUGAGGAUGAGACACACGCCAUGAGAUCAGUCAACUCGAGAAAAGGACAAACGUCGAUUACCCACUUGAUGAACUUCACCCUCCCUCCUCGGCCCCAACACCAUCUUCAGCACUACAAUCACCGUCACAAUCAAACACGCCAUCGGACCUGGGGACUCGGCUCGGGCUACCAUGCCGUUGACAAGGCUCGCUACGUCCACGCAAACUACCGCUUCAUUGUCCGACCCGAUCGAGAAUAUCAUGCUCAGACAGUCGAUGCAGACAUUUAUGUUAGCUGGGAUGCCGUCCUUCAAGUCCUUGCCUCGGCCGAGACUCAAGAUACAAGCUGUCCGAUCUGUCUAUCCACUCCGGUAGCCCCACGAAUGGCCAAGUGUGGUCACAUCUACUGCCUAUCAUGUCUUAUCCGCUACAUGCAUUCGACCGACGAGUCCAAUCCUGUUCCCGAGAAGCGAGCCAGGUGGAAAAAGUGUGCCAUUUGCGAGGACAGCAUUUACAUGUCAGAUACCAGGCCCGUUAGGUGGAUAUACGGCAACGACGUGAGCCUGCUAAGAGAAGGUGGCGAUAUACUUCUGAAGCUGCUGAAGCGAGAGCCAGGCUCAACACUUGCCCUACCCCGUGACACUGCUGAGAGCUAUGGGCGAUCUGACGACAUCCCUUGGUUCCAUGUUGCCGGCAUGAUGGACUACGCACGCUUCAUGAAAGGUGGUGAAGACUACAUGGUUGCUCAAUAUGACCAGGAGAUUGCAGACCUUGACACUCAGGGCAAGGAAGACGAGCUAAUGUUUGGCGACGACAAUACCUGGACGCGCAAAGCGGUACUAGCUAUUGAAGAUCUUAAGCAGAAAUUGUCGGGCUUGGGCAACCCUCCUGCGGCGGGACCGACAACUUCGGCCUGCACGAAGCAAGCUGAAGUGCCAGAGUCCUGGGAUGCAGCCGAUCAGCAACAGGACUCUAUCCUAACCACUGCUCUGCAAGAGAUGUCGCUCAGUCCGAUCGCCAUUCCCGCGAAAUCCGCCCCACUCCCGCCCAGGCCUGGACAUGCCCCCCCUCGACCUCUGGCUCAUUCAUUCUACUUCUACCAUGCAUUGCCAAAUUUCUUCCUUUCACCACUGGACAUUCGUAUUCUCAAGGCUGCUUUCGGCGACUUCUCGGCAUUUCCUUCAACCAUCCUUCCACGGGUGGAGCACAUCUCAACGGGUCAUGUCAUAGAUGAUGACCUUCGCAAACGAGCAAAAUAUAUGGCUCAUUUGCCGUAUGGCUUUGAAGUGAGUUUCCUGGAGUGCGACUGGACAGAUGUCAUCAGUCCCGCCAUCUUAGAACAGUUUAAAGAGGAGAUUUCCCGACGGAGGAAGAGGAAUUCAGAAAAGGAAGCACGAGAAGAGAGGGAUAGAAUACGAGCAGAGAAAGAGGAGGAGGACAAACGUUGGGCAGCCGCUAGACGACCACGUAGACCCAGUGUCGGCACCAAGAGCUUUACCGACACUGAUUUCCAACCACUGGUCGACCCAUCAACUCAUGCCAGCUCUUCGCCAGGCUUAGAGUCCAAUCUAGCGACAACGCCUCCGUGGGGCAACAACAGAGCCCAAUCCGCGUUUGCAACCCUGGCCACUCCUGGUACAAGUCCCGAUGCUCCCAGAACCGUUUGGGGUACCACAGCAGUGGCUCCGACGACACCACCCGUGAUGGCUGCGCCAGCUCCAACUGUACAAGUAGAUGACGGGUGGCUUCAAGACUGGGAAAAAGACCUACUGGAUGAGGGCGAGGCUGUGGCCAUGGUCGAGGCAAGUUUGAGUGGCGGAGGCCGGCAAAAGAAAGGCAAGAAGAAGAAGAUUACACUAAUGUCCACGGGCAACCGCCGGACCGCUUGA